AUGGACUCCUCCGCGGGGCCUGGGACGCCUUUGCCCAAAUACUGCACCGUGGCCACGACCCUGAAGGCCCCUGCCUGGGCGGGCACCGCUCUUCCCUGGGACCUCUCCUUCACCUGCCCCCUCGCCUGCCGAGCACCCUGUCUGACCCGGCACAGCCUCCUCACCAGAUACGCAUCUUACUACCCGUGUCUCCACAUUGCUGACCCAGCAUGGCAGGGGCCUGGCUGGCUGGGAAGAGUUGGAGAGGCUGCUGACACAUGGGUCCUGGCAAGAAGGGAACCAGAUGGCUUUUAUUACAGGGCUCAGAUAAAGGCUGCUCCAGAGUUGGAGAGGCAGGGGGUCCUGCUGGUGGAAUUUGAGGCUCCCCUUGUCACAGGCCCAGAGCUGCCAGCCCAGCGGCAGAGCGUGGUCUUUGAGGAAGAUGUCAUUCAGUUCUCGCCAACCAUGGAAUACUCACUGCGACCUGGGGACAAGGUGCUGGCACCCUGGGGCCCUGACCAACAGCGCUAUGGUCCUGGCACUGUUCUCUUGGGCUUGGAGGCAAGAGACCCCCAGAGAGCAUCCCCCAAAGAAGAAGAAAUUACUGUUCACUUCUGGAAUGGCAGGACCGCACCAGUGCCUCUCAGAGGGGUCCAGUGGGUGCCCCCGGCUGUCUGGAAGAAGGCUGUGGAUGGGCUGCACAAGCCUUACACCAGGGAGCACCCCAGGCCCCUCGUCUGGGCCCCUUGCUGCUCUCUGGUGGGGCCGGUCGCUGGAUUGGUCACCAGCGGGCUUCCUUGGAGCCCUCCGUUCCUGUGUGCUCCCUGCUACCCACAUGCCAGCUGCCAGCUGCUGGUCCAGGGCUGCCUCUGCUGCUGCCCCCUGGCUGGACCCAUCUGGUGGCCUCUAAUCAGGACCUCAGGGGUCGCAGCCAGAGAACCUCCAGAAGCGGAGCUGAAGCCCACAGCCCAGCUUUUGCCCCUGGAGAAUCCUAAGGAGGAAGAAGUGGCAGUGCUGGCUCCCAUGGCUGUUUCCUCCUCCUCUGCCUCCUCUUCUGAAGACGAGGAUUUGGAGAAUGAGCUGGAGAUGGGCCCCCCUCCGAGGCUGCUGGUGGACAGCACAGUCAGCAUGGACCCCAUCCUUCUCGAGAAGUCUCCAGGGAAGCAGGGUGGCCUCUGCCAGCCCGAGUGGAGGUACUGGAGGAGAAACGGGCCUGAGCCGCACCCGGGGAAGCCAGGAAUAAGACUUUGCAGCACCCAGAAAGAUGAGAAGAGCAACAGACAGCAGAGAGAGAAACCUGCUGCAGCGGGGAGUCCCAGGGAGCUGGCCCUGGACGUCACUGGCAUGAAGCCGCUACAGAUCCUGCCCAAGGAAGCCGAACGCAGAAAACUGAGUCAGGGUACUGCUGCACAUCAGGGGGGUCAGAACUCCCCUUAG